UAUACCUUACUCCUUUCCGAAGAUAGAUAAGCUUAACUCUCAUUAGCCGACCACCUUUCCUCCGAUCCCCAUCCCGAUCCCGAUCCCUCUCCGCCCGUCGGCAUGCACGACACUGCCCUCUCCGCCCGCGCCGCCGGCGCGUGUUCUUCGUCCCCACUUUUCGCAGGCACCUCCUCCACCGCCGCUGCCGUGGACGACGAUGACGAGUCCAAGACCAGGAAGGCGCACCACGCCUUCGUCGCCGCUGCCUACGCCAGCCUCCACUCCUCACACCGCGCCGCCGUCUCCCUGCUGCUCCUCCUCACCGUCGCCGUCGCCGCCUUCCUGGCGGGCCGCGUCCGCCCCAGCGUCGACUGCGCACCGCCGCGCCUCGAUGCGCGCUUCCUCACCCUACCAGAUGCCGCCGCCGCGUCCGACUUUGGCUCCCUCGGCGUCCCCUGGUGCAGAUCAAAAUCAGGGAAGGUAGUGGAAUGGACUUCAAAAGACCUACUUAAUGGAUUGGAAGAAUUUGUGUCAAUAUAUGAGACGCGCCCUAUCAAGAAUAACAUGUAUGGGAUGGGCUUUGACCACAGCUUUGGGCUUUGGUUUAUGGCUCGCUGGCUUAAGCCAGAUCUUAUGAUUGAAAGUGGUGCUUUUAAGGGGCACUCAACUUGGGUUUUGCGGCAGGCUAUGCCAAAUACUAGGAUUAUAUCACUCUCUCCUAGGCACCCUGAGAAAUAUCUGAAGAAGGGACCAGCAUAUGUUGAUGGGAACUGUACUUAUCUUGCUGGGAAGGAUUUCAUUGAUUUUGGAAGUCUUGAUUGGGGGAGAUUAUUGAGAAAUCAUGGCAUUUCUGAUCCCAGUAAGGUGCUUGUUUUCUUUGAUGACCACCAAAGUGAGUUGAAAAGGUUAAAGCAGGCGCUAAAAACUGGAUUCAGGCAUCUCAUAUUUGAGGACAACUAUGAUACUGGUACAGGCGACCAUUAUUCUUUAAGGCAGAUCUGUGAUCAAUCAUACAUCAGAGGUGGUGGACAUAGCUGUUUUUGGGAUAGUGAUGAAGCAAGAUUAAGAUCGAAACGGAGAAAGUUUUGGGAGAAGGCUGUGGAGAUAGAUGAUCUAUGUGGAAAGGAUGAUGCAUGGUGGGGUGUUAGAGGUUACAUGCGAGACAAUUUCAACCAUAGCAACAAGGCCAUCUCAUACAAAGAGCAUUUCCAGAACAGUAGGCUUGUUGAAUCUGUGAUGGAUUUGUAUUGGGAGCUUCCUCCUGUAGCUGGUCCAUCCUUAACACAUCAAACAAGGUAUGACCCAGCACGUGCAGCUGACCCUAUCAUUGAAGACGGUCGCUAUGGCUUGUUUCGGAGAAUUGGUCUAGCAAGAUUAGAUGCAUCAGUGUUCAACGGUUACACUCAGAUGGCAUAUGUUCAGAUAUCAGGCUCAAUGUUGAGGCCAGAUGAUGUUUAAAGAUUUUGCCCCGUGGGCUUCUUGUCUUCUUGAUACGCUAACCGAACAGCCGUUUGUUGAUAAGCUGGCGAGCUGUCAUGCUUACAUGAUUUUUGGUGCAACCUCUGUCGAGUCACCUUCCAAAGGUUUACCAAAUGAAUGUAGGGCUUUAUUUCUUCA